GAAGCGGACGGACGUGUCGUCUCGCCGCAGGCUUCUUCGAGCAAAGACUCAGUGUCGUGAAGUGUGAACUUGGUGUUUUAAUAGAUUUUUGUGUUUUAUGUGGCUUCGUGACACGGAUUCUUUUGAGGCUAGAGUUUUUAUAAAUCAUGCAAAGCAGAAAGCGUCACCGAAGACGAAGAACCAAACUCAUUAACGUCGUCAGAUAAUCAAUGAAAAAUGUAACCUAACCAGCUGUUCAUAAUGUCCAAAAUGCUUCGACCGGUGCUCGGCCGUUUGUCGAUCGGGGACUUGUUGGUGAUAGUGCUGUUUUUGUGUAGGACAAUAGUUUGUGAUGGACAGUGUCCGAAGUACGCUGAGCGCCCUUUGGAGACGCGGGUGCAGGACGCUUCCAUAGUUUUUAGGGCUGUGGUAGUGCAAACACAUCAUCAGAGUAAAACACUAGACUUGGCGCUAGUGUCAAUAUACAGAGGAGGCGUGGAGCUGGCCUCCGUCAGUAGAUAUGCAGGCUCGCCUUAUAAUACCACAGAUAGACAGGUGAACCUCAAAAUAGCCCAGGCGUUAGACCACUGCUUUAAUUGGAGCAUGGCGCCUUCCCAAAGCGAGCUGGUGGUGUUCGCUCGGAUCAGCGACCCCGCGGUGGACUUGGAAACCACGCCACCUGACGGGCCCUGGCUUGAAGCGACGGCUUCGGCUGUCCCUUGGAGCUUGGGCGUUGACAUUGCCAUAUGGAACGCCGUUGGCUGGGCGGGUUGGGGGGAGUGGGGGGCCUGCAGUAAAACCUGCGGCGGCGGCUUGCAGGUCCGGAGGAGGUACUGCUCACGGGCGACCUGCGAAGGCUUUGGGGAGCAGGGCCGGGCCUGCAACACAUUCGAUUGUGAGGGUACAAUAAACCCGCUAGCGCCGAGCGCCCGCCGUAACUUCCACCCGGCCCAGGCCCGGUGGGGCUCCGUCGCGGAUCGCCCUCACGCCUUCAGCCUGCGGCCAAACUCCUACAUCUGGAUAGCUUCGUCAGAACUAUUCCCUAAUGGGAGGAUGUUCCCGAGGGAGUUUACGCUGUUCGUGUCACUGAGACUGCGUCCUGAGAGCGGCGGCUACGGUCAAGGCACGCUGUUUUCCCUCCGCUCCCGUCGCCGCACGGGCUCAUUCCUCUCCUUGGAGUUAGCCGGGCGGGGCGCGGCGCGACUGGUCCAUGCGGGCGCUGGCGCCUCUAGAGCUAUAUACCUGGCGGUGCCGCUGUAUGACUUCCGCUGGCACCAUAUUGCUAUCAGUGUCCAUGAUGACAACACGGUGCGCGCCUACGUGGACUGCCGCUGGCUCCGCACCGACGUUCUUGAAAAAGAUGCACUGGACACUCCAAGGGACGCAGAUCUGAUUAUUGGCUAUCUGUUUUCUGGUGACCUUGAACAGCUAGUAUUGGUGCCUAAAGCGGGUCAGGCGCAGAAGCAGUGCUCCAGCCAAGUAACGGGCACAUCUACGCCCUACGUGAACAUGCAUUAAUACAAGACUUGGCCUUUUCCUCUACACGCUACAUUAUGGAAUAGUUCCAUAAUAUCUAGAUUAGGGAAUUAUGUGCCCUGGUAAAAUUCCAAAAAUGCAAAAUUUCCACAUGGAAUGAUUACAGCAACUUCUCAUAUGUUUGUAAAAGGAUCGAAACUCUUUAUUAACAAAAUGGAAACUUGCUUUAUAUCAUUUGAAUUUUCUUGGAAUCUUUUUUAUUAUUAAGACUAAAUUUCGAAAUACAUGAAUGGCUCAAAUAUAUUUUCGUCAUUUAAUUGCAUAUUUCUGACUAACAUCAAAACAUUUAUACUAUACUGCUUUAUAUAUUUCUGGCAUUUCGGGCUAUUAGGAAUAAAGAUGAAAUGCUUUUACUUUUUUUACUCCCAAAUAAUGACUAUCCAGCAAUGAGCAUUAAAAACCCAUAAAAGCCUUGGGAACUAAACGAGGCAGGUACCGGAACCCCCAGGGAGGCUGUUACCCGUAUUGUUAGAAAUCUCAAACACGAUCCUUGUAGGGGUUUGGCUAUGGUUCUCUAAAGGAAACCAGUUUUGACGAGUUUAUAUAUACUCAUUAUUAAGCGCCUAUUAAGACUUGCGCUAAGAUAAUAAUUGAUUCGUCAAUCCAAAGUUAAAACUUCGAAAUGAUUUUUUUUCCAAAAUCAUUAUCGUCGUAGGUAUAAUAUGUAUAUAUUGGUAAUCUUACAUAAGGUUAAUGACCCCUAUUGUUCAUAGCUGUUCAACUUGGGAAUACCGCGAGCGUUACUGGCAUCUUUGCACAGAAAGUUACCAGGACUGUGUUUUUUUUUUAAUUAAAUGUUUUAGGAUAUUUUUUUACCAAAAUAUGUAUAUCCCAUAUUUUAACUGUCAUAAAAAUAGGUACUUACAGUUAUAUGAAGUCCAAUUAAAUUAUUUUUUUUCACGAAGACGAGGAGUUUUGAGUCUUGGUACCUAUUUAGGUAAAGUUUUUAAAUAUUGUUGCCUAAGUUUAUAACUGAACGUAUUUAUGUUAUAGUGGUGUUUGAUAAGGGCCUUAAUAAUAUUUUGAUGUUUAGCAUGUAAACAUAUAGAUGGUCAAGCAAAUCUUGUCAGUAGAAAAAGAAAUACAAAUUUACUAUGAGACGAUAUCCCUUCGCGCGUACAUCUUUAAAAUUUGCCGCCUUUUUCUACUGACAAGAUCUGCUUGACCAAGUAUAUAUUAUGAUAGAUUUUACCUCAUGCUCUCUGGCAACCUCAACCUCAACAAUUGGGUCUUAAUUUGUACUUACUUCAAAAGAAUUGUAUCUCUGUAAUUUGGGAGUAAAAACCAAAUGUAGUUAGAGUUACUGUAGACUGUAGAGCAUCUCUCCAGCAACCCUUACUGAAUUCCAACACAAGUAGGUACAGUCAACUGUAAAAAUAUGGGUGCACAAAUCAUCUCAAAAGUAUGUCCUGCUCUUAUGUCAGCGAAAUAAGAACUAUAUAUGGGACAUAUUUUUGGAUAAGUUGGCUACACCCAUAUUUUUACAGUUGACUGUACUUACUUACUUUUACAGUAAUGCAAAUCGUAAUUAAAGUAAGUGUGCCAGAGAGUUUGACGUUAGAUUUUGAGAAGUUAACUAAAACCAGAAAGUCUUGUUUAGAUAAUUAUUAUUUCUAAAUUUGAUGAGAAGCAUACAAUUAUAUAACUAUCUAUAUAUUCUUCACAAUUGUAGCCAAUGUGAUUGUAUGUUUAUAUUUUCAAAGUAUUUGGCAUAUAUGUAUAUUUAACUGAAAUAACUACUAUUAUAAUAGAUAUAAAUAGCAUUUCUUACAAUGAUAGGUUGGCCUAAAUGUAAAUAUAAUGAAAAUAAUAGUUUAGUCAGUUGUAUUUUAAGUAAUGUAAUAAAAAUAUUUUAUUUGUCAUUACGUCUGUAAGGCAAACUAGUCAAUAGAAAUAAUGAUUAGAAAUAAUUAUGAUAUUUCUUUGAAUCUGUGAUUUCUUUGAAGCAUGAUCUCUAUGUAAAAUGUAUUAUUUCUCCUGAAAUAUUGUUUUCUACUAUAU